CAGCAGGGAGAAGCUUCGGCAUCAGAGUGGUGGUAAGUCACGGUUCUCCUCAAACAGACUCACCUGGACCUGACGGACUUCCAAUUGCACCUGGACUCCGGCAGGUUAAGUGUGUUUACUUGACGGUGACACUCCGGCCCCGCCUCCCUGCCUCACCAUGGCAACCUUCCCAGAGUACAUAGCUCAGAACGAGGAGCGUGAUGGCAUCCGCUUCAGCUGGAACGUGUGGCCUUCCAGCCGGUUGGAGGCAACUCGGAUGGUGGUCCCGGUGGCUUCGCUGUUCACCCCCCUGAAGGAGAGGAGCGACCUGCCCCCCAUCCAGUACGAACCGGUUCUCUGCAGUCGGGCCACCUGCCGGGCUGUCCUCAACCCACUCUGCCAGGUGGACUACAGAGCCAAGUUGUGGGCAUGUAACUUCUGUUACCAGAGGAACCAGUUUCCUCCAUCCUACGCUGGAAUCUCUGAGGUGAAUCAGCCUGCAGAGUUGCUGCCUCAUUUCUCCACCAUCGAGUAUGUGGUCCAGCGAGGUCCUCAGAUGCCGCUGGUCUUCCUGUAUGUGGUGGACACCUGCAUGGAGGAUGAGGACCUGCAGGCUCUGAAGGAGUCUCUGCAGAUGUCGCUGUCUCUGCUGCCCCCCACAGCUCUGGUUGGACUCAUCACCUUUGGACGCAUGGUCCAGGUCCAUGAGCUGGGCUGUGAGGGGAUCUCCAAGAGCUAUGUCUUCAGGGGCACUAAGGACCUGAACGCCAAGCAGCUGCAGGAGAUGCUGGGUCUUGCCAAACCUUCGGCCGCUCAGGGACGAGGACCUCAGACUGCCCAGCAGCCUCUGUCCAACAGGUUCCUGCAACCGGUGCAGAAGAUCGAUAUGAACCUGACCGACCUUUUGGGGGAGCUGCAGCGAGACCCCUGGCCUGUCACCCAAGGGAAGAGACCGCUGCGCUCGCUAGGUGUCGCCAUGUCCAUCGCUGUGGGCCUGCUAGAGUGCACCUUCCCCAAUACCGGUGGCCGCAUCAUGACGUUCAUUGGAGGCCCGGCGACGCAGGGACCAGGCAUGGUUGUAGGGGAUGAGCUGAAGACUCCCAUCAGGUCAUGGCACGACAUCGAGAAGGACAACGCAAAGUUCAUGAAGAAAGCCACCAAACACUACGAGUCUUUAGCCAACCGAGCCUCCACUAAUGGACACAUCAUCGACAUCUAUGCCUGUUCCCUGGAUCAGACGGGCCUACUGGAGAUGAAGUGCUGCCCCAACCACACAGGAGGAUACAUGGUCAUGGCAGACUCCUUCAACACGUCUCUGUUCAAACAAACUUUCCAGAGAGUUUUCACCAAAGACGUCCAGGGAUCCUUUAAGAUGGCCUUCGCUGCCACAUUGGAGGUCAAGACCUCCAGAGAGAUCAAAGUGUCUGGAGCCAUCGGUCCAUGUGUGUCCCUAAACGCCAAAGGACCCUGUGUCUCUGAAAACGAGAUCGGAACAGGAGGAACCUGCCAGUGGAAGAUCUGCGGUUUGGAUCCGAGCACCACGCUGGCUCUUUACUUCGAGGUGGUCAAUCAGCACAAUGCUCCGAUCCCUCAAGGCGGCCGUGGGGCAAUCCAGUUUGUCACUCAGUACCAACACUCAUCAGGCCAGAGACGCAUCCGAGUCACCACCACAGCCAGGAACUGGGCUGAUACUCAGAUUCAGAGCAUCGCAGCAUCCUUCGAUCAGGAGGCAGCAGCAGUCCUGAUGGCGAGGUUGGCGGUGUACCGGGCGGAGACAGAGGAGGGACCAGAUGUCCUCAGAUGGCUGGACAGGCAGCUGAUCAGACUGUGUCAGAAGUUUGGAGAUUACCACAAGGAUGAUCCAAACUCCUUCAGAUUCUCUGAGACGUUUUCCCUCUAUCCUCAGUUCAUGUUCCACCUGCGACGCUCUCCAUUCCUGCAGGUGUUCAACAACAGUCCUGAUGAGAGUUCAUAUUACAGACACCAGUUCAACCGGCAGGACCUGACCCAGGCCCUCAUCAUGAUCCAACCUGUGUUGUACGCAUACUCCUUCAGCGGACCCCCAGAGCCUGUUCUGUUGGACAGCAGCAGCAUCCUGCCAGACCGAAUUUUGCUGAUGGACACUUUCUUCCAGAUCCUCAUCUAUCAUGGAGAGACUGUAGCUCAGUGGAGGAAGGCCGGCUACCAGGACAUGCCUGAGUACGACAACUUCAGACACCUCCUGCAGGCUCCGGUGGACGAUGCUCAGGAGCUGCUGCACGCGCGCUUCCCCAUGCCCCGAUACAUUGACACGGAGCACGGCGGCAGCCAGGCUCGCUUCCUGCUUUCCAAAGUCAACCCUUCUCAGACCCACAACAACAUGUAUGCCUGGGGACAGGAGUCUGGAGCGCCAAUCCUGACUGAUGACGUCAGCCUGCAGGUCUUCAUGGACCACCUGAAGAAGCUUGCCGUCUCAAGUGCUGCUUGACCCCACACAGACCCCACUGCCUCCCAGACCCCAUCCCCUCCACACUUCCUCCAAUCAGACCCCACCCAGGCUCCACCCAGACUCCACCCCUUCCACCCAGACGACCCUCCACCUGGAACUCACCCCUUUUACUCAGACUCCACCCCCUCCACACACCCACCAGACCCCACCCCGUACACAGACUCCACCCCCUUCCAGUACCUGCCCUGUCACCUAGACACCACCUCCUCCACAAAGACCCCUCCUCCACCCAGAGUCGAUCUCCUGUUCCAGCUACUGCCAACCAGCCAAUCAAACUCUCCUGCGCUGUUGUAGUAUCUUCCUUUUUGUCAGUGUUACUUUAAUCGAGCAUCCUUCCAGAAAAUCUGGAAUAAAACCACCUCAUCAGUUGGGAAAUGAGUUUUUCUCAUGAUGGCCACCCAUGCUGGUCCAGUCAGAUUCUCUGCAGGUCCAGGACUUGUGAAAGUUGUGAAGAUUCAUGUUCUGAUAAACAUGUUUCAGAGACGUUCAGCAGCUUUUUGGUGAAAAACAUUUCAGGACCAGACAUGAAGUCUUCUGCUGCCUGUUGAAAUCCAUGUGUUGUUUGCUUUUAUCCUUCUAGGCAAACAUUUUCUUUCUGUCUCUGUUCUGUUUGUAAUAAAACUGCUGUGGAGAGUG